AUGCGUAUCAAUUAUAGUUUUGUUGUCAGCUCAAUGGCCCUUUUGUUUGUCUUGGAUUCUACCAAUACGAACUCCGUCUCUGCAACUUCUGGAGUCGAUGGAUUUAGUAUCAGAACAAUUCUUCGCCGAUCUUUGAAUGCUAGAUCAUUGGCCUCCGAUGAAGAAAACACCAAUGAUGAAUCGGUAGAAGAACAUCCUGUUCAAGAAUCCGGUGUUCCUCACUUAGGACUUUCACCCGCGAUGAUGCAACGUAUCUCAUCCGGUCUAGUUAGUUCGAUUGCCAAGUUUUCAGCUGACAAAGAAGCUGGAGUCGAAUUUCCAACUCAACAAGAAAUGACAGAAGCUGUUGAUCAAGCGCUUUUAACAUCAGAUUUGACUAACUUUUCUAAAGUUGCUCAAGCCAUUAAAAAAUCAAUUGAUGCUCUUGCAGAUCGAAAAUUAGCUGAAGGUCAAACUGGAAAGACUCGCUCAUCAAAUGGUCCAAAACUCACUUCACCAUCUGCUCAAUCAUCUGCUGAACAAAUUGCAGUUGCUUUAUUGGAUACUAUCGAAAUGUUUUGUCAAGAGAAAGCUGCAGGUGGUCAACUACCAACUGCAACUGAAGUCAACAAAGCAUUAACCCCAGCCUUACAACAAAUUGACUUUAGCAAUGUUAAAAGAGGUGCAGAAGCUGUGAAGUCUGGAUUAGAUCAUAUGGUUCCUAACACGAAUUCCAUUCCUGUCGAAAGUCGACAAUCUGACAAUGCUGAAUCCGAAUCCGAUCAAGUUGAAGUUGAACCAUCGACAACACCUUAUGCUUCAUCAUCUGGUGUUCCUCAAUUAGGACUUUCUGCCUCAAUGAUGCAACGUAUCUCAGCCGGUCUAGUCAGUUCGAUUGCCAAGUUUUCAGCUGACAAAGAAGCUGGAGUCGAAUUUCCAACUCAACAAGAAAUGUCACAAGCUGUUGAUCAAGCACUUUCAACAUCAGAUUAUACAAAUUUUGUCAAAGUUUCUCAAGCUAUUAAAAAUUCGAUUGAUGCACUUGCAUAUCGAAAACUCGCUGAAGGUAAAACUGGCAAGAGUCGUGCAACCAAGGUUCCAAAACUCAGUUCGGAAUAUGCUCAAUCAUCUGCCGAUCAGAUUGCGGCUGCAUUGUUAGAAACCAUCCAUAUUUUCUGCGAAGAUAAAACUGCAGGUGGUCAACUACCAACUGCAACUGAAGUUAACAAAGCAUUAACCCCAGCCUUACAAAGAAUCGAUUUCAGUGAUGUAAAGAAAGGCGCAGAGGCUGUAAAGCUUGGGUUAGAUCAGAUGGGUCCUAACAAGAGCUCUAUAGUUCGAGGACUUCCUCUUCCUGCUUAA